UUCGUUUUGAUUCGUUUUGUCUACGGUUUGUCGUUUUGAUUGACGUUGUUUGAUUCUUUCACUGGAUUUUCUGGCUUUUUAUUGUGUUUUAACAGUAAUUUUCAAUAUAAUAUGAUGAUUAAUUGUUUACGCGCUUUACCGCUAGGACUUUGAGGUUUGCUCGUCAACAAAGUGCAGUGAGAAGCAUGGAAUCGCCAUCAAUGGACACUAUUUACCAGGCCAUAAGUGCCUUGUAUGAUAACCCCAAUGGAAACGAGAAGGAAAAAGCUUCUACAUGGCUGGGAGACGUACAGAAAUCUAUACACUCUUGGAAAGUAGCAGAUCAGCUUUUGCAGCAGAAGAAGGAUGUGCAGUCGUGUUUCUUUGCAGCACAAACGAUGCGAAGCAAAGUGCAACAUAACCUAUCUGAACUACCACAAGAGGCUGUUGUAUCUCUCAGAGACUCGUUAGUUGCACAUUUAGAAGGGAUCACACCCGACACCAGUCCCCCGAUUCUCACUCAGCUCUCCCUUGCUCUAGCAGACCUAGCUUUACAAAUGUUGACAUGGCAAAACUGUGUCAGUGACCUCAUAAAGUUGUUUUCCAACAAAAAUUACUUUGUUCUAUUAGAGAUAUUAACAGUGUUACCUCAAGAAAUAGACUCGUCGAGCUUGAAACUCGGUGAGAACAGAAGAGAAGAAAUAAAAUCAGAGUUGCGUGCCAACUCUCAGGAUGUAACAUUUUUUCUUAAGGAAUGUAUUAAUAGUAAUCCAAAUUCUCAUAUAGCAUUAAAAAUAAUUAAAUGUAUGACAUCGUGGAUACAAGUCAAAGCGAUUAGUAUACAGGAAGUGCCUCAAAAUGCUGUAAUAGGGUUCAGUUUACAAGUUCUACAGGACCACACAUCAAUAAAUAUGUUGCACGAUGCAGCAUCUGACUGUAUUUGUGCAAUACUGCAUUGUUUAGAAAAUAAUAGCAAUAAUACCGAGGUGGAGCAGUUGUUAUUUGACAAUGUGUCAAAACUGGAGACGAGUUACCACAUGGUUGUGGCACAUGAAGAGGAGGAGAAGGCUGCAAACUAUGCCAGAGUGUUCACAGAGUUGGCGGAGACAUUUUUAGGUAAAAUAAUACUGAGCACUGCAAAUGGGAGUGCACAUUUUGCUAUGAGGGCCUUAGAAUUGGUGUUAAUGUGUGUUGGGCAUCAUGAUUAUGAGGUUGCAAAAAUAACAUUCAAUCUAUGGUACCGACUAUCAGAAGAAGUGUAUGAGAGGGAUUACCAACCACUGACUGAUGCUUUUAAGCCUCACAUAGAGAGGCUCAUUGAAGCCUUGGCGCGCCACUGUCAGUGUGAGCCUGACCUCAUGCAACUGCCUGAAGAAGACGAAUUUUUUGACUUCAGAAUGAAAGUAAUGGAGCUGAUCAAAGAUGUGGUGUUCAUAGUGAGCUCGAGUUGUGUCUUCCGUCAAAUGUUUGCCACACUGCAGGCAGAUCUGUCGUGGGAGCAGACGGAAGCUGCACUGUUUAUAAUGCAAGCUGUUGCUAAGAAUAUACUGCCUGAAGAAUACGAAUAUGUGCCAAAAGUAGUGGAAGCGAUAUUGUCAAUGCCAGAGAACAGCCACCCAGCCGUGCGCAAGACAUGUAUCCUGCUACUGGGGGAGCUGUGCGACUGGAUCGAGAGGCAUCCUGAGUGUCUAGAAGCGAGCCUGCAGCACCUCAUCAGAGCAUUGCAUGAUCAGAAACUGGCCAAUGCAGCUGCUGUCGCUUUACAGAGCAUAUGCCAAGCCUGCCGCAGCCACGCGGCGCCGCACGCGUCCACGCUGCUGCAGGCCGCGCGCCUCGCCGACGAGCUGGAGCUGCCCCUGCACACCUCGUCCACGCUCAUGCGCGCGCUCGCCGCCGCCAUCGGCCGCCUGCCACACGACCAGCUGACGGUGGCGAUGCGCGAGGCGACGGCGCUGCAGCUGGGCGGGCUGCGCGCGCUGUUGGCGGGCGGCAAGGAGCUGCGCAAGGGCACCAGCGCGGACCCCGUGCUGUGGCUGGACCGCCUGGCCGCGCUGUUCCGCGACGUGGACGUGCUGCCCGCCGCCGGCGCGCCGCCGACCGCGCCUCCCGCGCACUCCGCGCACCCCGCCGUGCCCGCCUUCCGCGACGCCUGGCCCGUCGUCAACGACGUCAUGAACAAGUACGUGUCGGACGGGCGCGUGAUGGAGCGCGCGUGCCGCUGCGUGCGCUUCAUGGUGCGCGGCUGCGGGCGGCCCGCGGCGGCGCUGCUGCCCGCGCUGGCGGCCGCGCUGCCGCAGCUGUACGCGGCGCGCGCGCACUCGUGCGUGCUGUACCUGUGCGCCGUGCUGUGCGACGCGCUGGACGCGCCCGACGCGCGCCCCGCGCUGGCGCGCCUGCUGCACGCCGUGCUGCCGCGCGCGCUGGCGCUGCUGGACGCGCCCGCCGCGCUGCGCGACAACCCCGACACCGUCGACGACCUGUUCCGUCUCUGCGUGCGAUACCUCCAAAGAAACCCGUCGGCGCUGGUGGAGGGCGACACGCUGGGGCCGGUGCUGCAGUGCGCGGUGGCGGCGUGCGCGCUGGACCACAGCGACGCCAACUGCUCGCUCAUGAAGUUCCUGCAGGACCUCACGCGCCUCGCCGCCUCCACGCGCACGGACGACCAGCAUCUCAAAGGUCUGGUGAGCGCCGCGCUCAUGCAGUACGGCGAGACGCUCACGUACGCGCUGCUGGAGGCGUCCGUGCUGCACCUGCACUCCUACAUGCUCUCUGAGGUGGCCGACGUGCUGCUGGAGAUGCUGCAGUGGCAGAAGAGCCGCGGCGUGGACUGGCUGCAGAGCGCGCUGCGCCGCCUGCCGCGCGCGCCGCCCGCCGCCACCGAGCACCAGUGCUGGCAGUUCCACCAGUACGCCAUGAGAGCGGAGAAAUGCAAGGAGAUGACCCGGCUGCUGCGUGACUUCGCGCGCCUCUACCGAUAGUAACGUGCGCCGGCGCAGCCCGCCGCGACAUGACCCGCGCACGUCUGACGCCGUCUGACGCCGUCUGACACGUAUGACGCUGUUCAUAAUAAUAACGACACGAUUCUGACAUCAUUCUGUCCACACACAUAUGUAAAUGAAGUAGGGUAACCAUUCUUAACUCUUACUUCCUAAGGAACUGAUACUGUUGUAUGACAUUGCACUAUAUUUACCCAAUUUAUUAAAUGUGUGUGGCUAAUUGUAGUCACGAAAACUUGAUUAUUGUUGUCAGAAAUAUAGUAGCAUCAAAAUAUGGUCGUUAUACAAUGCAAACAAACUAUCUGCAACUGUCACUCAUUUUGAAGUUGUUAGUCAAUUCAAGCUAUGUUUCUGAUUAUGUUAGAAAUGUUUUAUUAGACUUGCGACGUUAUGUUUCUAGCGAAGUUUAAUACGUAUUUAACGUUGUUGGAAAACCACCAUUGGACUGAUUUAGAUGCUGUUUGACACACUGGGGUCAAUUUUCUGACAAUGUUAGACAUGUUUGACGUUUUGUCAAAGUUUAUGGCGCGGUUAAAUAUAUUAUUGAAGCUCGUGUCGCUACAGUCAAUUCGAGCAUACUAACACUAACUUGUUGAACUGUAAAUUAUAUAAAACAUCACAUUUUUUGUCUCCAUUUUCUGACAAAAAUGCCCGUGAUGGUUCUAAGAAGAUUUUUGUUGUGCUUGGAUUUGACACGAAACUUUAACCAUUACUAUAAGAUUGUCUUCUUUGAUUUUUUUUAUGGUUAAUUAGUAUUUAUAUACUAAUUGGAUAUUGAGGUUAGUUAUUGAAUGUAUUUGAAAAUGCAAAUUAUUGCAACUAAUUUUAAAUGAAAAAUGUAUAGUAAAAUGAGAAAUAUCGACCAGAUUAGACAAUUUGUUAAAAAUGAAAAUUGCAUUUUGUUUUUGUAAUGCAUUAUCGGACAAUGUCUGCUUUAAGAAUCUAUAAGAUGAAUAUCAAGAGAUAUACGUGAACAAGCAUUUAGUUAAAUUAUCUGUGGGGCCAACAAUGUUAGCAAGCUGACCAUAGGAUACAUUUACGUUUGUGUUGACCCUAAGGGUUAUGACACAUAUAUCAACUCGGAAACGGUUCGUCAACGCCUCGCCAUCAACUCGCGUCAACCUAGUUUAGUAAUUAGAUCUAGGUUUCGUUAAAUAUCAAUAUAAAAAGUUUUUGGUGCUUUUCUGUACCUUUGCAAACUUCCAUGACGAUCGGUUAAGUUAUUGAGGAGUAGAAACGUGAUAAACUUACAAAAACGAACAUUUACGAGGAUAAUAUUAGUAUGAAUAUCGAUAUUCUUACAAAAUAAUAUUAUCAAAAGUUUUAUCAGUAAAAUAUAGAAAAUCUAUCUAAAUCAAUAUUCAAUACAGAAUUUUAAUAUUGCUUGUGUGCAUAUUAUUAGCAAUUCUUGCAUUGUGCUGUUGAUUCUCUCGAAAUUUCGAUAUUUAUUUUCAUGGUUUUACAUUGCUUUAUUAAGAUUUUUUCAAUGGUUUGGAUUUAUUAAGACACUGGUUAGUGUAUGUUAACUUGUAAGUAGAUUAUACAUUUAAUACUAAAAGUUGAUGGUCCGUUUUCGAAUUGAUAUAUGUGAUACAACCUUAACGCCGUACAUAUGGCUUGAUAUAAUUAAAACAGUGCAUUAAAGUCAAAGAUAUUCCCAAGAUGGUGUAAAAGUCUCACACACGGCCUCUUACUAUUAUUAUAUUUUUGUUUGAACGAUACAUUUUGUAUGAAUGCAUUUUUUUACACGAAGGUUUACAUAGGUGACUUAUGGCUUGAAACUUAAGUUUUUGUUACUGCACUACAGAUACUUUUUAUACGAACUACUGCGCAUAGACAAGCUUCAGACAGUCAAUGUACAUGGGAUUUUGUUUUUUAUGCAGACUGACACUGAGUAUUUUCGAAAUUACUAAAAAAUAUAUGCUUUACAGUGCUUUUACUUGACUACAUAUAAAUUGACAAUUAGUUGAGUGAUCUAGACCAGUUUCAAUUAAAUUCGUCAAAGAAAUUUUAGUCAAUGCCUUUCUAUCUUUUGUUGGUGUAGCUGAGGAGGCGUAUCGACUACUGUUGAAUUUAAUUGCUAGUGUAUUAUUGUAUUGUCUUGUUGACUUGUUCUGCAUUGAUCCAUAAUACUCCAUGUACCUCAAUAUGGGUGGUGCAGUUAAUUGUUUCAUAUAGAUGUGAUCAUCAUAAUUAACGUUGCCUAGAAUGGAGCAAUUUUAGUUGUCCAUGUAAAUGCAACUUUACACUAUUUACUUCACUCAUCGCUGGCGACAUGCUUCCUCUUUCAAAUUAUAUUAAUUAGUGCAAAUACCACCCGCACUGUACCAAUGCUGGUUUAUGGGUAACACUGGACUCAUAAAGAAAAACAAGUACUUUAUAACACGUCAGUGGUUAGCGAUAUUGACCGUCUGAAACUUGACAAGAACAAAUUGUAGAUAUGAAACAUAGAAUAUAUUAUAAUGAAAAUUAAUUAGAAACCUAAAUGAAUAUACAUAACAUCGUUACUUAAGGAAGAUUAAAUUUAACAUCGAUCUAUGAAUUAUUGGAUAAAUCUCAUAUCAGAGCAAUAAUAAUGUUUAAAGUAUUAUAAAAAUGUGUCAACGUCUCUUGAGUUUUCAUUUUAAGUUUCCCGAAUUUUGAUGUAACUCCCUUGGAAGGGUUUCGAUGUUGUAUGAAACCGACGACCUUGUGUUAGGUAAGUACAGACACUGAAAUAUAUUUUGUUAUAUAUUAUAUUCUCUUUAUUUGAAAUGUGAUAAAACUAAAACCUGGAUUAAAUUGUAAAUAUUUAUUAAAAAUGUUUACCUUUUA